AUGAUGAGUGCCAUUCACCAUCUUAAACAUUGGCCUUAUCAACGUAGUCUAAUCAUGCCAAAAUCUAGCGAUCCUUAUUUCCACUUGCCAAGUGGUUUCGAUUCUUCGAAUACAGUAGAAAAGCCUAGCUACAAUUUAAAUCAAUCCAGAGCAAUUGCUAUCAGCGAGCAUAUGUAUGAUGAUGAUACAGAUCGAUUACAUCUGAUCUUUGGUCCACCAGGUAAGACAGAAUUUGAACAUGAUCCUUUUGUUGCAGUAACGACUGUAUUGUUUCUUUCCUGCCUAGGUACUGGUAAGAGUAGUACCAUUGCGGGCAUUGUUAUGAAUUUACUAUCAAACAACAUUUUCAGAAAAAGAAAAAUACUUAUCUGUGCGCCUUCAAAUACUGCGUGUGAUGAACUAUCGUGUCGUAUUCUUCAAAGAUUAUCUCAACAAGAACAAAAUAAUCAACAUACGCUCAUUCGUAUCGGUUCUCAACCACCGAUUGAUGAAAACUUAUGUAAACAUUUUCUUGAUUUUCUUGUGCUUGAGAAAAUUUUUGAGACUGUAAAAGAAAAUCCCAAAACAAACAAAGUUAAUUUAACCAAACUUCAAGAAAAUAUUUUGAAUAAAGCAACAAUUAUCGUAUCAACGCUGAAUAAUUGUGCCAGCUCACGACUAUCGUCACUUGUGGAUCAAGUUGACUUUGUCAUCAUUGAUGAAGGUGAGAAUGAACAUCCAUGUUUUUGA